GCCAUCAAAGUUUCAUAUCCCCCAAGUAAAACAUGGCACAGGCUGCGAAUCGAAGGCCCAAUUUAGCAGCGUUUCUGGAUCCGGCGCUCACCAUCCGUAUAAUGCGCCAACAGAAUUCCUCCGCCGCCGUCCUCCGCUGCCACGAAGCACCGCCGGAUCCAACUAUCCCCGCCGCCGCAUCCGCAGCAGUCCGCGCCACUCCGGCCGUGCUCAGAUCCAUCUCUGCAGCCGACCUAGACUCCGCCUGCUCAGCUCUGACCAAGUCGAAGAGCCACCGCGGCGGCGGAUGCAAAUCCGGCCCGAGAGCGAGUUCGGAUUCCCUGUCGGUCGGCAGCGGCGGAGGUAGGAGAAGGUCGUUUUGCAGCUCUGUGAGGGCGGAUCAGCUGCUGGAAGAUGUGUUCAAUUGCAGCGGCGUGAAGGUUGUAGCGGUGGAUAUGGCUCCGUUUAUGCAGAUCCACGCCGUGAAUUUCGCGAGGAAGGUCCAUGAUAGCUUGGAGAAGUUCAGUCCCAAGGCCCUCGCUCUCACCCUCAAGAAGGAAUUUGAUGGAGUAUAUGGAGCAGCAUGGCAUUGUAUAGUGGGGAACAGUUUUGGGUCUUUUGUGACACAUUCUACAGGUGGGUUCAUAUAUUUCUCAAUGGACCAGAAGCUACAUGUACUCUUGUUCAAGACCUCUAUAAAGAAGGCUUGUUGACUCUCUCUCUUUGGUAAAUUGGAUCUCAUUACUAAAGUCUCCCAAGAUCACUCGAAUCGGAUACGAGAUAAAUUGAGCUAUAAUAUUAUUCUCUGACAAGUAAGGUGUCACAUCUUUCGCUUGUACGUGCAAGUGCUCAUUAACAGGAUGGACAAAAGAUCUGUUCUAUAGGGAAGUACCUCCGAAUCCUUUACUCUAAUGAGAAAGGAAACCACACCUGGUUGAUGAAAUAUAGCUGAGGGGCUAGAGCGUGAUUUAGUAGCCAGGUCCUAGUUUAGAUCGUGGUGGCGGAUGAUCGUUCUCAACUCCUCACGGGUUGGGAUGGCUCCUUGGCCUUCUGAUGGGUGCUAACCUUUUUU